GACCCGGACCUGGCUUGCAGGUCUUGAGGUUCCUCUUCAACGCCGAGUUCGAGUCCGGCGGAUCGGUGAACCGUCAAGGGAACUCAACAAAUCUUUAAACACCACCUCAUCUGGUUGAUUCCUUCCUGUCUUUGGUGAUAUUCUUGUUUUAAUCUUUUUUUUUUUUUUUUUUUUUUUUCCACGGGCGUACAGAGACGGUACCACGAUACACGGCCCGAGAUCUACGCACUGUAGUGUACUACCAAACGCGCCCAGUUCAGCACUCGCCAAUCCGUUGUGACGAUCCCGUUCAACCCCCUUUUUCUUCGUCGCAAGUCUUUUUUUUGUUUUGGAUAUCGCAACACCAACGCGAAGCGCGACGAUACAUAAUCUUUGACGCCUAACUAUACACAUCUCGAUCCGGCCUACCACGCGCCUCUACACAAUGUGGUGGUGGCUCACGGCCCUCUCGGGCAGCAUCACUCCCCUCUUCCUCGUCCUCUCGCCCAUCCUCUCCUAUGGCGACCAAGCGCACUCCAUGCACAAGGCCAAGUCCAGCGCCGGCUUCUCUUUGGACAUUCCCUUGAUCAUGCUUGUUGCUUCUCUGCUCAGGAUAUUCUACUAUCCCGGCGCCAAGUAUGACACCGCCCUGCUCAUCCAGUCCCUCGUUAUGGUCGGAGUCCAGGUCGUGCUCCUCAAGAUCGCGCUGGACCACCGCCCUGCCCCAUCUUCCAGGGGAGGUGACGCCGCUGUUCCCUUCGCGAAGGCGCAAGACGAAGAGUACCAGCGCCCAUACAACUUCUGGCAGUGGAAGUCGCCCAAGCCGUACUGGCAAUUCGUCUUGUACCUCUUCGCCGGCCUUGUCGUCUGCCAGAUCCUUUUCUCGCCCUUCGAGUCCCUCUACAUGUCCUACUCCUCUCUGAUCGGCUACAUUGGUCUCUCCAUCGAAGCGACCCUUCCCAUCCCCCAGAUCCUCAUCAACCACAAGUCGCGCUCGUGCAAGGGUUUCCGCCUGUCGGUUUUGGCCAUGUGGUUGGCCGGUGACGCCAUGAAGAUGUUCUGGUUCUUCACUUCGUCUAGCGAGAUCCCCUGGUCCUUCAAGAGCUGCGGUAUCUUCCAGGCCUGCUGCGACUCGUAUCUUGGCGUCCAGUAUCUGAUGUAUGGAAGCGGCGAGGGGGUCUCGAGCGCUAUCAAGGAUCAUCCUCUCCAUGACUACCCCGUGUCUGGGAGCCAUAGCGUGGUCACUAGCCGUGAAGGUGCUGCGGCGAGGCGGACGUCGAACGCUGACAAGAGGAUAUCGUAGAGGAUAGAAGAUGGACUGUUUGGUAUUCUAUCAUUGUAGAACUGCUGCGAGAAGAUCCUCGAUUGCUUCUGGUCAGCAUCAGCUUGGAGAGCUGGUUAUAAUUGAAUAUUCU